ACCCGCUGUCUUCCUCGUAGUGGAUAUUUUACUGUACACAAAGCCAGAAACUGUCAAGUAGCCACUAGCCACACAGAAUUAGGCUGGUCUUCACAAACCUGCCAAUUUACUGUACCAGGCAGAACCACCUUCUGUCUGUCUCUAAAACUUUCCGCGAUUAAAUGCAGGAGCAGAUUUGUUCAACCAGCUCUUGCAAUUCCUUCAACAAACCGACAUCAUGUGCUUGCCGAAACGAUGGUUGUUUUUGGCGUUUGCUAGUCUUACCUUUUUCACUACUGAGAUCGUGGAAGAUCAGCUCAGCUUACAAAACGGACGGCUUCAAGGAAGUGUUCCUGCUUGCAGUAAUGGCGAUGAUUCUUGUUUGAACUUCACGUCCACAGAAUUUAAUGGACUGUAUGCAACGGGUUUCUGGGCUGGUGGCUUAGCUGCGACCUACUCGGGAUUUUUCAUAGCCCGUUAUGGAAUCUGGAUUGCCAGUUUGACAUGUGCGGCUAUGCUGCUGAUUGGAACGGCUAUGAAUACCGUUGCGCCGUAUCUGGCCAUUUGGGGAUCUGGACCAGCAUUUGGACUGAUGUUGGCUGGCCGAUUUCUGUUUGCAUCGGCAUACUUCAGCCACCAGGUCGUAUCCUUAGAAGUUGUUUCGCAUUGGUUCUGGGGAAAAGAAAUGGCACUGGCUUUCACGAUUUACCUGUCCAUGAGCCGGUUAGCGACCGUUGUGUCGUUUGGUUUUAUUGGAAAGAUCAUCGAAGUCUUCGCUUUGCAAAAAACGCUGUGGAUGACGUUUGGGAUAGGCGUGUUCGGGCCUAUCUGCGCUAUUGUUGCCGGGUACAAUUUUCGGAAGAAUGCUUCCGUCGGUUUGACCCAUGUCGUCACGAUGGAUCAGACUAAACCCAAGGAAUUUACUUUCUCACAUAUCAAGAAGCUCAGCCGGGAUUUCUGGGUUUUAACGGCUAUUAUCUUUUUUUACUACGCUGUGCUUUUCACUUUUUUGGUGGACGGUCCAAAAUGGCUUGUGGAUGUGUAUCACAAUACUGAAUCGGUUGCCGGAGCGAUAAUCGGAGCCAUUCCUGAUAUUUCCCUUAUGGCGCCGAUUUUCGGAUUCUUGAUUGACAAGUGCGGAUGCCGCGAUAUCAUCACUUGUGUCAGCACGGCCAUGUUUUUUGCCAUAUCACUGAUGAUACUUUUUCUUAAAAUGUUGCCUCCAUUGGCGAUUUGCAUUCUUAUUGCUCUUUCUUACGCCCUAAUGACCGCCAGCAUUUGGAGCAGUAUUCCGGUGGUAACAAAAUCCGAGGUCGUGGGUGUGGCCAUGGGAAUCGCCACGGGAACACAAGCCCUGUCCACGGGACUUAUCUUACUGAUAACUGGCUUUAUCUUAGACCACGACUUAACGGACCUUCAAAGCAACUGGAUGAUAUUUUUUAUUAUAAUGACGGUUUUUGCUGGCAUAUCCUUCUGUUUGUCUUUGCUGUCGAUUUAUCUGGACACCAAAAGCGGGUCCAGCAGUCUCCGGAAACGUCAAAGAAGUGUCAUUUUGUCUCACUCUGAUUUACUUCGGAGCAUCAACGAGCACACUCCAUUACUCUCCGAUACAAAGGCAUCACCGGUGAAAAUUCUUCCAGCUGCGACAACGACUGGAGUGGGUCUUUCGUUUUGACAAAAUCUUUAUUAGCAACACUCUAUAAGCUCACUUAUUUUUCUAACAUUUGUUACCGUUUAUUAAGAAUUAAGGCGUGACUUCUGGUUUCGUUUUCUGUAUAAAAAGAUGCUUUUCCCUUUCGGUGUCAUUUUGAUAGUGUGGACACUGUUGAGCCUGUGAACUGUGAAAAUCAGUUGUCCUGUUACGGACGCCUUCUCGUAGUAGCUUGUCUUAAAUCACUUCGGACGGAUAAUUUCAGUGGGGGAAAAGUGCAAAGGAAAGUAAAACAUUUUCCGGUUGACAUAAA